AGGCGGGCUCACAGAGGCGUGAUGCGGUCGUGACGUCGGUUCAGUCGGGGAUCUUUAAUCCUCUGCCGCAGCACCACAGCCGGUAACCAGAGGAGGGGGUAGCACGGUCGGACAGGGAAUGGCACCGCACAGGCUCGGCUAGCGCACAAGGCCGAACCAGCUCGGUCUUUUUUAGACUGAUGAUAAUAUCACCGAGAAAGAACAAAAAAAUCGCAGAUCACGACUAGAUCGAGCCAGACAGGCCAGACCCCCUCCUCUCCAGCCUCUUCACAGACCCUUUUCCUGUCGGUCAGAUCUCAUUUGGUGCGUAAAUUAUCUCCAAUCGCGUAACUGCUUCAUUUAAAAGCCGGGUUUGGGUGUUUUUCUAAGUCGGCGCACGGAUAUUACGCGACGUCCUGCCGGUUCUCUGCGGACAGAUCACUCCCCGGUUCGCCCUUCAGCAGCGCCGCCGUGUCCCCGCUGUUCCUGUCAGCUGCUGCGCAUCAGCAAAACAUGCAGGAUGAGCCUGUGGGGGUGACAACCGCGCAGUUACCCCCGUCAACCAAGGAGAAGGACCGCAGCAGCAGCAACAGCAGCAGCAGAUCCGGACAGCAAGCGAAUCAAACUGACAACCACGACGGCCGGCCGAGCUCGUUCACGCCGGAUUACAACCAUCUGAACCAGCAGCUCGCCUUCACCGACUUCGAUCGAGAUCAUUUCGUCCCGACGCAGUCAAUCUGUGACCUUCAGCACGGCAGAAAAAUACAUCAGCAGUUAAGUCAGCACGCCGAGUUUAGCCCCGCGGAGUCGCCCCCUCCUCCGCCCCCGGGACGCUUCAGUCACCUGCCGCAGAGGCAGAGCUCCUCCCGGCCCGAGCCCAGCGCUGCCGACUGCCGCGGCUCUCUAGUGGAAGAGGCUGAAGCCGAUGCAGCGACGCCCGCUUCCGUGAACCCAAACGCCAUCCAAAUGGACUCCCCCAUCGCCCACCAUAUAAAUAACGGCAAUGGCAGCAGCAGCAGCACCGGCAACAUGUUGUCCGGAGGUCUCGGCGCUGCUUUCCCGAACCUCCCCACCCAGGAGAUGCAAAGCGCCAGCGGGGGCUCGUCCUCGCCGUCCCUCCCCGGCUUCGGCACCCCCUGGUCGGUGCAGACGAGCUCCUCGCCCCCGCCCAUCAACCCCAUCCACGCCAAUGCCAUCAACCAGAUGCCCAACGCGGAUUCCGACAACAGCUUCUACCCAGGUGUCCCCUCCUCCAUCAACCCGGCCUUCUUCCAGAGUUUUUCGCCGGUGUCAGCUAAUCCGUGCGCCGGGAUUAACGUGCAGGGCUUCAGCGGUCCUUUCUCGCCCCAGAUAAACGUCCCUCAGCAGCCGCAGAGCCGCAGGUCUCCGGUCAGUCCCCAGAUGCACCCCCAGCAAGGCGCCUUCCUGCAGCAGAGGAACAACUACAACCAACAUCAGCCCAUGGUGAAGCCCUCUCCCUGGGGCAGCCACCAGGGGAACGGCUGGGGCUCCGGGGGGAUGUCUUGGGGCCGGGACCACCGCAGAGGCAGCGGCAUGGGCGUACCUGGCUCGGUCAGCCACGUCUCGCCCCUGAAGAAGCCCUUCUCCAGCAACGUCAUCGCUCCUCCCAAGUUCCCACGCUCUGGAGGAUCGCUGGGGCCUAAGUCCUGGAUAGAGGAGAACAUGUUUCGCACAGACAGCAACAGCAACACCUUGUUGCCUCUGCAGGACCGCACCAGGAUGUACGACAGUCUGAACAUGCACUCCCUGGAGAGUUCUCUGAUUGACAUCAUGCGAGCCGAGCAGGAUCCGAUGAAAGGCCGUGUGGGAUGCCCUAACCCCGGGGCUGACGGCCUACUCAUGCUCAAUGCCAGGAGCUAUGGGAGACGUCGAGGCCGCUCCUCCCUCUUCCCUAUUGAUGACAAUCUCCUCGACGACGGCCACGGCAACCAGGGUGUCCCGGGUGUCCUCGGAUCCCCCAACUGUUACCCCCACCAAAACGGAGAGCGCAUCGAGCGCUUCUCCCGCAAGGUGUUUGUGGGGGGUUUGCCUCCGGACAUAGACGAAGAUGAAAUAACCUCCAGCUUCCGUCGCUUUGGUCACCUGGUGGUGGACUGGCCGCACAAAGCAGAGAGCAAAUCCUACUUUCCACCUAAAGGAUACGCGUUCCUGCUGUUUCAGGAGGAGAGCUCGGUGCAGGCUCUGAUUGAAGCCUGCAUGGAGGAGGAUGGGAAGCUCUACCUGUGUGUCUCCAGCCCCACCAUCAAGGACAAACCUGUGCAAAUUCGACCUUGGAACCUGAGCGACAGUGACUUUGUGAUGGACGGAUCUCAGCCCCUUGAUCCCCGCAAGACCAUCUUUGUAGGAGGCGUCCCUCGUCCACUGAGAGCAAUCGAGCUGGCCAUGAUUAUGGAUCGUCUCUAUGGUGGAGUUUGCUACGCAGGAAUCGACACAGAUCCAGAGCUCAAGUAUCCCAAAGGAGCAGGACGAGUGGCCUUCUCCAAUCAGCAGAGUUACAUCGCCGCCAUCAGCGCGAGAUUCGUCCAGCUGCAGCACGGCGACAUUGAUAAGCGGGUGGAGGUGAAGCCCUAUGUCCUGGAUGAUCAGCUCUGCGAUGAGUGCCAGGGUGCUCGCUGUGGAGGGAAAUUCGCUCCUUUCUUCUGCGCUAACGUCACCUGUCUUCAGUACUACUGCGAGUUCUGUUGGGCCAACAUCCACUCAAGGGCCGGACGAGAGUUUCACAAGCCGCUGGUCAAAGAAGGCGCCGACCGCCCCCGCCAGAUUCACUUCCGCUGGAACUAGAGAUGGAUUCCACGUCCACGGUGACACAGUUGGGGGAAAGGGAAAUGAAACAACAGGAAAAAAGAGCAUCGCUCUGCCUCUCCUGCUUUCCUAAGCUAUCAGUAUAAUCAAGUACGUAACACUAUACAGCAUAUACUAUAUAUAUAUAUCUAUAUAUCUUUUGUAGCAGCCAAACACCACAAGCCUCAGUUUUUCACCAAAACCCCCCCUCACAUCUCAGGCUCUGACAACUCUACAACUCUUUUGUGGUACUUUCAUCUUUUCUAAGAGGAGAUUUAAAAAGAGAUUGAUUUUUGUAGCUUUUUUUAUUAUUAUUAUUUUUGUAUGUGAGAUUUAAAGUAGAUACGGGAAUGUUUUUGCAUGGGGGCAGCUUGUCUGUCUGUUUGUCUGCUGCUAGCCACCCCACAGUGCGUUCAGUGCACACUUGUUUCUGGGAAAGAAAAAAAAAGAAAACACGAUUCUUUAUAAUGUUGGCGCCUGCCCCGGGUCAUUAACCAAAGGUAGCAAAAUGAUAGGAAGCUUAAAUUUGACACAUUUUUCAGCUGCAAAACAAAAAAAAAACUGUGGUUUCUUAAUGAUGCAAUGGGCUCUUUCUUCUUGUCAGAGAGUUUAUUAAAGAAAAAAGAAGAUAAUAGGGUUAUUUUUGCGCUCAUACUGACCCGUAGAGUGAUACCUCAAAAUACAAAAUCUGGUUUCUGCUAACUGUAUUCAACAUUUAUACUUAACAAGCUAUUUUAGAAGCUUUGCUGCUAUAUAUACAUAUAUAUGAAUAGAUGUGUAGGUAUUAUAUUUAAUGCCACUUAUAAACCUGAAUCAUGUAAAAUGAAAUGCAGUAUGCACUCAACCACUUAUGGCCCCACUGCCAUAGAAAGAGUUAGAGUGCAUGCAAUGACAGUAGGCUUAGCUACACAAAUAGCAUGCAGGAUAGAUGUGAGGAAAAAAAUAAAACAAACUACUGAAAUUAUAAUUCAAAUUCUAUAGUGAGUAGCAUGAUCAUCAGUUACAGAUGCCUAAGAGGGAAAAAAUCAGAUGAAGCUACAAAAAAAAGAAUAUUUAAACUUGCAUGCAUUGAUGUUUCUCUGUUGUUUGAUCCGUUUACAUACUAACAAUACAAAAAAAGUGAUAUCGGUUCUACUGUAGACUUAGUGGACGCCAUCAUUUUGUGACAUGGUGGUUUGUAUGGCAAAAAAACGAAAAUAGAAAAAAAUCUGAAGCAGAGUGGUGUUCAGUGGUUUGUGUUUGUGUGUCGUCCAUGUGCUGUGUGACUGUUCGUAGUGUAGACUGAGGCUCUAGUUUAGUUACCAACAGAUUAGGAGAAUUAAACAUCUCUGCCUUCACCCUUCCCGUCCCAUAUCUGUGCGUGGUUCCAAAGGUUAAUCUGAUACAGCAUCGCUCUGGAUGCAACCAAAAGACUUUGGAAGACUUAACUGGGUCGCAUUAAUAAGCAUCCUCUUUUCAUUUCGCUUAUUUUGUAAAAGAAACAGUCGGGCCUCAUGCUGCGUGGCCCAGUUACUGGAAGAUGAAGCAUCUCCAUGUCUCACGAGGACGAAGGUCUCUUGGCAUGCUAAACUCUCCUUGUUUAUAUCGUUUGAUUUCCACCUCGACCCUUGAAAGACUUUUUUUUUAAAAAACGAUUUAAGGACAAUCUCUCUGUGAGGAUGGCGUCCCGGCCGUCCGUUCGGUACUGUACAAGUGUCGUGUCGUCGUGUGUGUGCUCCUCGGUAUCAGUGUUUCAGGCUUCAAAGUGUGUACUGUUACAAAAACCUUAAUCAAACUGAGACUUUAUUUACUCAUAGUAUGAUUUGAUUUGUUUGUGUCAACUACUUACCCAUCACUGGCCCUUCAGUAUGUUUUUUAUAGUCUGUAUUAUGCACUACUUUUUCUAUAACCCUGCUUCGUCUUCUUCUUCUAAUUCACCCAUUUGAGUGCUUUCAGUGCAGAUGUCGACUCUCUGAAGCCUCCACCUAUUUAUAAUCCUUGCAGAUGAUUUAUUAAAGUUUAUUUUUUCAUGAUUAUUUAAGAUGUAGCGUGAAGCAGUGGUCUUAAGUCGUCCACAUUCUAUGUGAGUAGAGCGAGAAUCCAAGAUUUUUCUAAUAUAUUCGUAAUGUAGUUUGGAUGUUUGCGAGGAUCGGGAGUCGAAAAGGCGUUCUUUUACAAAAAAAAGUUAAAAGUUGACGGACGCCUCCCCCACCACCCCCGCCACCUCUCCCCCCUUCCUUCGUGGCUUUAGUUCUCAAAGCGUCCGAUGAUGUUUGAAUAUUGUCACCUGUAACACUUGACUCGUGCUGUUUUUGUGAGGUUCUAUUUUCUAUGUUAAACACUGUUACUUUGUUCUGUACGUGUCCUUGUUUUUUUGUGUGUAAAAAAAUCAUAUUUAUUUCACUAUUUUUGUAGAUAAAAAAACAAUUUGAUUUUGAUUGUAUUUUUCUAUUUAAAUAGGAUUAAUAUUACAAUUUAUUCCCCCCCCCCCCCCCCCCCCCAAAUUAUGUCCAGCGGUUCUGUUCAGAGAUAAAAGAAUCAUGUCAUUAGUAACAGCAUCAAAGUUUUUGAUAUACGGUGGAUUCUUAUUUUGAUACACGACACGUUUCAUUUGAAGGAAGGAAACAUGAAGGUUUUAUUAUAUUCUGGGAAGACACUUGAGAUUCUCCCCUGUCGCAUCGAGGCCCCAGCUGCCUGUCCUCGUAGAUGCUCUGAAACUUGAAUAUAACACAUUUUGAAAGGCUGACUAACCUCGAAUCUGUGUUGUGAUGUGCAAUACUGUUUCUAAUGUUUGUAUAAAAGUAAGAACUACAGUGUAAACCUUUUUAAUGCAGAUUUAUUUUUUUCAUUGCAUAUUUUGCAGAUUUCUGAUCCACAGUGUCAUUUUUUACUGUCAGAAAAAUAAACCCCGUUUUUUCAUUGCAAGUAUUUUUAAAUCCAGAUAUCUUUGUACUGAUGUAAAUGAUUGUAGUUAUUUUGGAUAGUGUUUUGCUAACAAACGGAGAGACUUUUUCAUGCAUAUUUCUAUUUCCUUUCAUCUUGUUUUAUCCCGCAUUUUUAUUUCAUUUAAUAGUAGCAAAAUUCUUGGAAUAAUUUUUCAUAUUUAAAUGUCAUUGGUAUUAUUUUGUAUUUUUAUGUGGAAAUACACUAUAUAUAAUUUUAAGAUGCUAAUUGCUAAGAUAUUAUUUUGAGUUUAAUUAUUUUUAAAGCUAAAUAUUUGUAAUUUUAUUGUUAAAGUGACUAAUUUUUAAAUCAGAGUUUGUGUAUAGAUUCACAAAAGUGGUUUAUGAGGUGUUUGGAUUGUAAUAAUUACUGAAUGGUUCUUUGAUAUGCAAAAUGAAUAUCACGUUUAUUUUUAUUUUUGUUGGUUUUGUAUUUAAAUGGGGUGUUGAUUACAAUCUUUUGUUUUUCUUUCACUUCCUGAAUAAAGACCCAUUCUGUUUGGACACAA